AUGGAGAACGAAUAUUUCAAUUUGACUUCAUCUCCUUAUCUCUCCACUUAUUCCUCUCUUUCAUCAAUUCAUCGAAUCCCCGAAAUGCCCACUGGAUCUUUGGAAACUUCUGUCUUCGACAAUAUCCAACAUUUCUCGAAUCGUCGCCCGCCCAUUUUCAGCCCAGAAAGAACUCCGAUGACUCUCAAAAAGCCCAGAAGAAGUUUACCCGUUCUAAAAGAAAUGAAAAAUAUCUAUGACCAAUUUGGAAAAUUUCGCCAAAAGCCGAUCACUCAAUCGAUCCCUUCAAUUUCGAGAUCGCUUUCCGUUUGCACGUUCGCCCGUCGUUGGUUGAGAAUUGUUUACGGGACAACGAUUGCACAACGAGAAGUCACCGCAGCCACGCAUGAGCCCUUCGACACCGAGAGAAAGUCAAGGAUCUAUGUGAUUCAUAGAUUUUUUACAAAAAAA